AUGUUUGCGAUCAACCGUAGGUACUUCAGUAUAUUAUUAGCAACUUCAUUGAUGGUGGGCCUGCUUAGGCCUAACUACGGAUUCAGAUAUACGUUCAUUACGUCCAAGCACGAUAAAGCAGCCCAUUUUAUUGCAUUUGCACUGGAAUCAUGGCUUUUCUGUAAAUCUAUCAAUGUUCAAACCAUUGAACUUCGUCGUGACGUCGUUCUCGACAAAUACGUGCUGGCUUUGCUGGUUUGUUCGGGAUUCGCUAGUAUAGGAAGUGAGCUUGCCCAAUCGCUACUUUCGCAUGGGAAACGGAAAUUCGAUGUCGGGGACAUUGCGUGCAAUAUUUUAGGCUCAAUUGUGGGAGUAUCCAUUGCAUACGUUAAGGAGAGGUACCAUUGA